CCGAAAGGUGUCUUCGGUAGCGAGUGGCGUGAGCUGUCAACAGCACAGGGUCUUCGUCCGGUCCGGUACCCAACACUCUCCCCGGUCCGCGCCGACUGGAGCAGUGCAGCGUCUUCAUCCCGCUCCCCAGCCUAUGCCGCUCCCGUUCGACACCGUCGGCCAGGCCGUCGGCGCGGCGACGUGGCUGGUUGGUGUGGUGGCCGAGCGGCUCAUCGGCGACCGCGCUGCGGCGUGGGCCGCCCGCCACGGCGUCGCGCAGGAGGAGGUCGCGCGCCUCAGGGCCGAGCUGCGGCGCGCCAACCUCGUGCUCGGCGCCGCGCGCGCGGGGGCCGCGGGCGGGAGAAGGAUCGGGAACGAGCAGCUCGCGGAGCCCAUCGCCGCCGUGCGCCGGCUGGCCGCCGACGCGCGCAACCUCCUCGACGAGCUCGACUACCUCGAGAUCCACGACGAGAUCAAAGAUAAGGUGCACAAUCGCUGCAGCCCAAGUUCAUCAAAGGCGCAAUCUAUUAUUCGAUUUGCAUAUGGUUUUGCCAAUCAGACGAGUAAAUAUAUAUCGUCUGCAGUAAAAAUUCCUGCUAUGCAUAACAAGGAGGACUAUCCUUCGACGUCCAAAAGAAGGUUUGAGCGUCAUGAUAUCAUGAAUGGGAUAAAAAGAAUGAAGCUUACUGAUUCAGCUGGCCAAACCAUUCCAGAGAGAGAGCUUGAAGGGGAGGCAGUCUCAGAUGGAACUCCAGAAAGGAAUCUCUGUAAGGAUGACAUAUCUCAGAGGAUAACCAUUAUUGUUGACCAGCUACACGAGAUCUGUGAGGACGUUCGUAAAGCUCUCAAGCAAGACAAAAUCGAUGAAAUUACUCGAUUAACGAACAGCACAAGCACAGACUCACGAGAGGAAGGAGCCUGCUACACUGAAACCAAAGUUUUUGCACGAGAAGACGAGAAGAAUGAGAUUGUAAAAUUAAUCACCAAUGGCUCAGCAAGCAAUCAAAAGCUUGCAGUUCUUCCAAUUAUUGGUAAUGGAGGUGUUGGGAAGACAACAUUUGCUCGGUUGGUGUACAACGACCCAGAAGUAAAAGCAAAAUUUGAUGUCGGGAUAUGGAUCUAUGUUUCCGCUAGCUUUGAUGAAGUCAAGCUUAUGGAAGAGAUUUUACAAUGUAUUUCUGAAGGCACGCAUAAAAGCGUGACCAAGAAUUUGAGUAUGUUACAAGAUGGUAUCAAGAAAUAUUUGCACAAAAGAUUCCUACUUGUUUUGGAUGAUGUGUGGGAAGAGAAUGAGAGACGCUGGGAAAAGCUGUUGGCUCCACUUAGAUGUACAGAAAUCACAGGCAAUGUGGUUUUGGUGACUACUCGAAUAAAAUCAGUUGCGAAAAUAGCAAGCAUAGCGGAGCAGCAUAUCAACUUGGGUGGUUUAAAGGAAGAUGUGUUUUGGCUUUUCUUCAAAAGAUGUAUAUUUGGUGAUGAAAACUAUCAAGGCCGAAGGAAGUUACAGAAAAUUGGAAAGGAAAUUGCCACUAGGUUAAGAGGGAACCCGCUGGCAGCAAAAAGUGUAAGCACACUUUUGAAACGAAGACUUGAAGAGGGUUACUGGCAGAGAAUUUCUGACGGUGAUGAAUGGAAAUUACAGGGAGACGACGACGACAUCAUGCCAGCACUCAUGCUAAGUUACAAUCACCUUGCUUACCACCUUCAGAGAUUGUUCUCCUACUGUGCUUUAUUUCCAAAGGGCUACAAGUUUAACAAGGAACAGUUGGUACAUAUUUGGAUUGCUCUUGGCUUUAUAACUGACGCAAGAAAGAGACCAGAGGAUACUGCUAGUGACUAUUUUGAUGAUCUGGUAGACCGAAGCUUUUUUGAAAAAAUUGAGGAGCCGUGGGAAGAUUCAUAUUAUCUCAUGCAUGAUUUAAUUCAUGACCUUGCACAGAGCGUCUCAGUCGAUGAAUGUCUCACAUUAGAUGGCUCAGGUCCUGUAACUGUCUCCCAGUAUGUUAGUCAUAUAAGCAUCUGGACUGAUGCAGCAUACAAGAAGAAACAAAAUGGCAAAAUAGAGCAUAAUGAAACCUUUGACAAAGGGCUAACUGCCAUUCAAGAUGAGGAUAUUUUGAGAAGCUUAGACAGUUUAGUGCUAAUUGGUUCUUAUGACAGGACAUCCUCUCUAUCAUUUGCAAAGAUUCUCAGGCAACUAAAGUAUGUCCGAGUACUCCGGCUAUCAGCAUUGUUCUUUAGCGCUGACAUCUUGCCGUCAGGUAUUGCAAAUUUUAUCCAUCUUCGCUAUCUAGAAUUGAGAUCCACAGAGGACACCCUGAAAUGUUUGCCUACGUCUCUAUGUAGACUUUACCAUCUUCAGGUACUGGAUGUAAGGCAUUGUUGCGGUCUUAAUGAUUUGCCAAGAGACCUGUGCAAUCUUGUAAAUCUGCGCUAUCUCCUUGUUCCGGAGUCGGGGACAUUGCACUUGCACUCAAAGAUAGUAAGAGUUGGCGAACUUAAAUUUCUACAGGAAUUGAAAGAAUUCCAUGUUAAACCAGAGAGUGGAUUUGGGAUUUCACAGCUGGAGUACUUGAAUGAGAUCAGAGGAUCACUUAGAAUAUUUAAUCUUGAUAAUGUCAUAGAAAAGGAUGAGACCACUUAUGCAAGAAUCAAAGAUAAAAGGCAUCUCAGGACAUUGUCACUAUCAUGGGGAAGAACAAGUGUUAAUUUUCCAAAGGAAGCACUGGAGGGUCUUGAACCACAUGAUCGUCUGGAGCACCUCCAUAUCAUGAAUUACAUAGGUGUCACUCCAUCCUGGUUGGGAGAAAACAUCACCCUCAAAAAUUUAGAAAGUCUAUAUCUUCAUGAUUGUACAGGAAUGGAGACCCUACCACCAUUCAUUCAAUUGCCAUUUCUGGAGAAACUAUCCUUGGUUGGUAUGUCUUCACUGAAUGAGAUCAAAUUUGAUUCCGAUUAUGCAAGUGCAAGCAGAGGUUCUAGUUCCUUUGAGGAGGAUAUGUCAGAUUUGGAUGAUUUUGCCCUUGCUGAUAUUGAAAUAUGUAAAUGUCCAAUGUUAACAUCACUGAGUCUUCUUUCCUGCAAGGCAUUGACAAAACUGAGCAUCAAAGACUGUGUGGUGCUAGCUUCUAUAGAUGGUUUGCAGUCCCUUGAACAACUGACGUUCUGUGAGAUUAAAGAGUGCCCUUGUUUUCCAUAUUCUCCAGAUUUUGAAAGACCUUUCCAGAGAAUAAGCAUAUAGCAUCACUUAACUCUGGUGUUUGAUGAAGGACCAUUUCACAAACUGAAUUGAACUUCGUGUUCAGGUUGAUCUGGCUGUCCAACGAGGUCAAUAACCAUUUGGAGUUGGUUCAGCGAUUGCUAAGGCGCACACGGUUUGUUCGUUUGUAGUCAGAUCGUGAGGGUCGACUCCAGCAAAUCGAUAGUUAUCCCUCUCACCGAAAGAUCGGGCACUCUAGUCCUAUCACUUUGUCACUUGGUGAUUUGCCUGCUCCACCUUGUGAUGAAGAAGAGUUCUGUGAUCAUGAUUCACUUAUCACAACGCCACAACUAGAGAGCAAAAAUUCUUUUGUUGCUCUUUCUGUGCCGAACAGUUUGCAGGAGGAUUGGAAAAAUUCUGUGGAAAGCAUUGAGCUAUAUGUGCAACUAUGCCCAUUGACGGUGUUUGGGGAGAACGAUUGUUCAACAUCGACAACUUCAGACGAGCAUGAUACAAGAGAAACACGAGGUGCUGCAAUCACUACUGGUACUAAAAAUUUGGGUGACAAUGCAUCUUAUAUAUCUAAGAUACAACAUAAAUAUAAUGGAAAUAUUGUUCAUUCUGUUUCUGAAGAAUCACAGGAUGAAAUUCAAUUUGUUUGUUGCAUUAGCACUGAGCACGAGCAGCUGAAACUCAUACCAUCUUUCAAUAUUUUGGGUUGCAUUGAGUUUGAUGUUCUCUACGAUCUGAGUUGUUUAGAGCAGUUGUUUCAGAUUUCCAGAUUGCCAUGUUUUGAUCAUUGUUCAUUCUAUGCAAUUGACAAUUUUGAUAGCAAAGGAGACUAUUUGGUUCAUCA